AUGUGAUAGAUCCUCGACGGCCGCCAUUUUCUUUCUUUCUUAGCAGUUAGCAGAAAGGCGAUCUCCGCGAAGGGGGCGGCGGGCGGCUACGGGCGUGUGACCAUGGCAGACUACUCGACGGUGCCUCCACCCUCCUCCGGCUCGGCUGGCGGCGGCGGCGGGGGCGGCGGCGGCGGCGGCGUGAACGAUGCUUUCAAAGAUGCGUUGCAGCGAGCCCGGCAGAUUGCUGCAAAAAUUGGGGGUGAUGCUGGUACAUCAUUAAAUUCAAAUGACUAUGGCUAUGGAGGACAAAAAAGACCUUUAGAAGAUGGAGAUCAACCAGAUGCUAAGAAAGUUGCCCCUCAAAAUGACUCUUUUGGAACACAGAUGCCACCAAUGCAUCAACAGCAAAGCAGAUCUGUAAUGACAGAAGAAUACAAAGUUCCAGAUGGAAUGGUUGGAUUUAUAAUUGGCAGAGGAGGUGAACAGAUCUCACGCAUACAGCAAGAAUCUGGAUGCAAAAUACAGAUAGCUCCUGACAGUGGUGGCCUACCAGAAAGGUCUUGUAUGUUAACUGGAACACCUGAAUCUGUCCAGUCAGCAAAACGAUUAUUGGACCAGAUUGUUGAGAAAGGAAGACCAGCCCCUGGCUUUCAUCAUGGUGAUGGACCUGGAAAUGCAGUUCAAGAAAUCAUGAUUCCAGCUAGCAAGGCAGGAUUAGUUAUUGGAAAAGGGGGAGAGACUAUUAAACAACUUCAGGAACGGGCUGGAGUUAAAAUGGUUAUGAUUCAGGAUGGACCUCAGAACACUGGUGCUGACAAACCGCUUAGGAUUACAGGCGACCCAUAUAAAGUUCAACAAGCCAAGGAAAUGGUGUUAGAGUUAAUUCGUGAUCAAGGUGGUUUCAGAGAAGUUCGGAAUGAGUACGGGUCAAGAAUUGGAGGGAAUGAAGGGAUAGAUGUCCCCAUUCCAAGGUUUGCUGUUGGCAUUGUAAUUGGAAGAAAUGGAGAGAUGAUCAAAAAAAUACAAAAUGAUGCUGGUGUUCGAAUUCAGUUUAAACCAGAUGAUGGAACAACACCUGAUAGAAUAGCACAAAUUACAGGACCUCCAGACCGUUGCCAGCAUGCUGCAGAAAUUAUUACAGACCUUCUUCGAAGUGUUCAGGCUGGUAAUCCUGGUGGACCUGGACCUGGUGGUCGAGGAAGAGGUAGAGGUCAAGGCAACUGGAAUAUGGGACCACCUGGUGGACUACAGGAAUUUAAUUUUAUCGUGCCAACUGGAAAAACUGGAUUAAUAAUAGGAAAAGGUGGUGAAACCAUAAAAAGUAUAAGUCAACAGUCUGGUGCAAGAAUAGAACUUCAGAGAAAUCCUCCACCUAAUGCAGAUCCUAAUAUGAAAUUAUUCACAAUUCGUGGCACUCCACAACAAAUAGACUAUGCUCGUCAACUCAUAGAGGAAAAGAUUGGUGGCCCAGUAAAUCCUUUAGGGCCACCUGUACCCCACGGGCCCCAUGGUGUCCCAGGCCCCCAUGGGCCUCCUGGGCCACCAGGGCCUGGAGCUCCAAUGGGACCAUACAACCCUGCACCUUAUAAUCCAGGACCACCUGGCCCAGCUCCUCAUGGUCCUCCAGCCCCGUAUGCUCCCCAGGGAUGGGGAAAUGCAUAUCCACAUUGGCAACAACAGGCUCCUCCUGAUCCAGCUAAAACAGGAACGGAUCCAAAUUCAGCAGCUUGGGCUGCUUAUUAUGCUCACUAUUACCAACAACAAGCACAGCCACCACCUGCAGCUCCUGCGGGUGCACCAACAACAACCCAAACUAAUGGACAAGGAGAUCAGCAGAAUCCAGCUCCAGCUGGACAGGUUGAUUACACCAAGGCUUGGGAAGAGUACUACAAGAAAAUGGGUCAAGCAGUUCCUGCUCCUACUGGUGCUCCACCAGGUGGUCAGCCAGAUUAUAGUGCAGCCUGGGCAGAGUAUUAUAGACAGCAAGCAGCCUACUAUGCCCAGACAAGUCCCCAGGGAAUGCCACAGCAUCCUCCAGCACCUCAGGGAUUUGCAAAUCAUGCAAGAAGCCACCACCAUUUAUAUUAACCAGUUUUUCUUUCUUAAAGGAUUCACUCCUAAAUUAGCUCCAUUUAAAGGAUUUUCUUUAACUUUUUGUGUAUUUCUUAUGUAUCUCUUCUGCACAGGGCCAAUAAUAAGAAGUGGACAAUACAGUAUUUGCUUCAUUGUGUGGGGGAAAAAAACCUUUGUUAAAUAUAUGGAUGCAGACGACUUGAUGAAGAUCUUAAUUUUGUUUUUGGUUUAAAGUAGUGUUUUUUUUUUUUGAAAAUGUACAAAAUAUCUAUCACUACUGAUAGGAGGUUAAUAUUUCUGUGUAGAAAUGAAAAAUUGGUUUGUUUUUAGUAUUUAGUGUAGAUGUACACAUUCCAGCAAAUGUAUUUGCAACUAUUAUGUGGUCAAUGCUUUGUGAUAUAAAUGUACUUUUUCAAUGUAUACUUUCACUUUUAAAUGCCUGUUUUGUGCUUUACAAUAAAUGAUAUGAAACCUCCUGUGUCGGUAAGUUGGAUAUAUGGGUAAAGGAUUUGUAAUUGCUUAGCAAUGGUAAAUUAAGCUACAUAUACACAAAUAUAUAAGCUUUCCCCAUGAAUUGCUGAACUUUUAAACACUGGCAUGUUUUUCCCCCUUGCAGUAUAGUGGUAGAUUGGAGAAUCUUUUUCCACUUACUUGUAUUUGGCUAUUUCAGCACAAGUAAUCUUGAUAUCUUCAUUUUUUUCCUUUUGUUUAAAAACUGCAUGUGUGUACAAUGAUCUUUUAGCAUACUUCCAUUGCAUUAACAGUGAAAUUUCCUUUUAUACAUGACCACUGUUUCAGACCUGUACUGCUGCUAUAACAGUUAACCUUUCUGUUCUUAAUUUGGUAAUUACUUAUUUCCAAGACGGUUUCAGCAUAACUAAUUUUAAAGAGUUUUCAGAUAGUGAAUUUGAGUAGUCUACUAAGAACAACUUUUUCCAUGUAAACCAACUUUUUGAUGUAUAUAAUAUUAGUGUGUUUCUUUCUAAAUUUAGGUUAGAAAAGUGAAUAGUAUGCAAAAAAAAGAUAGCUAUAUUGCAUCUGCCAUUGAAACCAUUGGGGUAUGGAAACGUUCAAGCUUUUUUUUUUCCUUUUUCUUUUUGCAGUAUAGAUAAGCUUUGUUUUAUAAAUGCACAAGUCCAGUCAUUGAAUCAAAUGAUUUUUUUUUGUGUACUUGAAAUCAUUUUAUUAAUCCUUAACACUCAUGCUGAAGUUCUGAUAUUUUGUUGAAAUCCAUUGUUUUACUCUGCAUAUUUGUUGGCUCUUUGCAAAUUAAUAUGUUAGACUACAUGCAAAUACAGUCUGUCUUGCCAUUGUCUGUUGAAGUGCAGGUUUGAUCCAGCCAGUAUAGAACUAGCUCUGUAGGGGUGAGGAGGACUGUGCUGUGUAUCAUCCUUGAUUGUGUUCCUUCAAGGAGCAUUGCACUGUAAGUACAUCAGAAUGACAAAUUGAUGAACUGCAACAGUAUCUUUUUGUCAAUGUUCCACAUAAUGCAAAUGCCAUAUUUUGUGUGAAUAUUAUGUUGGAAUACAGUGCUGAUAUCUCGGAAAACCAUAACUGUUUCUUAACAGAAUAAUACAUAGUUCUGUAUUUUUUUUAAGUGAGCUUAAUGGGUAAGUAUUUUUUUAUAUGCUUUAGCUAUCGCUAAAGAAAACUGAUCAUUAACAAAGUUGAAUAGUAUUAUUGGUGCUCCUAAAAUGCUGUUUUUCAAUGUAAAAUAUGCAUAUCUUAAUAUGAAAAACUUGAAAUGUAUAAGACAGAAGUGGUUUUCUGUUUGCAAAUAAUAUGUUGCAAAUAAAUAGCAAUGUAGCACUUUUAACACCAUUUCAUAAAUAUAUUGUUACUGGUGGGGAGCACCAUUUGUUGUUUUGAGUAUACUUUAAAGAAAGAAUGUACCAAGACAUAAAUGUUGAGAUUACAUAUAGGGUGGAAAAUAGCAGUACAGUUCAUUGUAGAUGUUUUGAAAUGUUUUUUGACUGUUUUAUGUAACGUAGAGUGACUUCCCUUACCCUUACUUAGAUCUGGAUAUGUAGUCCUAGUUUUGAAGUUUAAUAGUUAAGGAAUUUAGUUAGUUAUCUAUUAUCUUUAAGAGUAGGGUAUUGACAUGAACAAUUUCAGAAUUUUGCAUGAUACUGUUAUAUAGAUGACCUUUUAGGAAAGUGGUGCAUUUAUUAAGUGAACUGAAUAAAUAAUUCAGUUGGAUUCAGUAUCAUAACACAAAUUGGAGGCUGUUGAUUUUGAUUCAUUUAAGGUUUAAAAUCUUUAUUAAUUGCAAACAGUGCAAUUAUUUAUACUUCACAGUGCCUUCCCAGACCUUCCACCUUAGGUUCUGCUGCAAAAAGCAACAGGUAAGCACAACCUAAGGACAUAUAUAAAUUAAUAUUUCAGUACAUUAAUGUUGUCCCUGUGAGGUUUUUGUGGUUGUGUACUCAAAAGCAAUCUGCUACUGCUUCCCUAAAAUGUAUUUUGUUAUUUAUGCUACCAUCUUAGUGGAAAGUCUGUUAAGUUGUUCAAACAACUGUUUACAUUUCUGGGUAAUGGUUUUUUGCUUAAAAUUUUUUUUAUUAAACCAAGAAAAUGAGUAGAUUGCUACUGUAACUGAACGCUCAAUACCCAAAUCUUUUUAUAUUUCUCCCAAAAUAUAGAAAUGUUAACAGUUGAGAAAGGAAAUUUACAUAGUUUUCAAGAUCUAGGAAAUCAUUGUUAGAAACGUCAACAGCCUUCACAGUCUGUAUGAUUGAUAGGACAUUUUCUUUGCCCUCCAAACCUAUGGUUUCUUUUUCCUUUUCUUUCUCUUUUUUUCUUUGUUCUUUUUUUUUCUUUUUCUUUUUGAAUUAGUUAAUUCAGUAAGAGUAUUUUGGGUCAGUUUGGUUAUGAUUUUUUUUCUUAAAACAAUUGUUUUCAUAAAAUUUAUACAUGCUGAAAAGGAAAAAUAAAAGGAAUAUUGGCAGUAUGUUUUGAUAAGGCAUGUGUAUCAGUGAAAUGUUAACUGUAUAGCAAAUAAUCUUUCAUAAUCUGUAGCAAUCAGUGUUUUUCUGAUUUAUAUUUUAAUAACUGACGCUGCACUUAUUUUAUGCCAGUUUAAAAUGUGUGUGUGUUCUUGUAGAUGACUUUAACUGGUACAUAUUUUGAGUUAAGAUGAAUGUAUUAAAGCAGCGUCAUAUCAGUUUUGUUUGUUCAGUUUCUAAAAUGUGCUGAUCCUUUUUAAAAAUCCUGCUUAUCUUUACAACAAAGAAAAAUAUUCAAAAAUACUGCCUUCAUUUUCACACACAGUGCUGAAGAUGCUGCAAGCACCAAAUCAUAGCUCAUAAAAUCAGGUCCUGAGAUAGUUACCCAUAAAGAGGAAUCCUUUGAGUGUAUGCCAUUGGUGAGCCGAUGAGCAUGGACCAUAGAAGGGCUCAAUGUAGAAGGUAAAAUUGGCAAAUCAUAAUUGAGAAAUAUGAAAUGUAUUCCCAUACAUGAUAUGGUAUAGGGUGUAUUGUACCUGCUUUUGAUCACUUCAUUUUAAAUUGCUUUUCAGUUGAUCCUUAAAUGUUCCAUGAACUGUUAAGUUAUGCACCACAUUUAUGUCUUAUGUGUUUUGAUAGCUUAGGUAUGUUGUAGUUGAUAAUAUAAAAAAAGCGCUCUUAAGAGCCUGUCAAGGUUUAGUUGUAGUUUGCAUUUUUUAUAAAAGAAAAUAUAGACAAAUACUAAUAGAUAUUGGGGCAUUGUUUCUAUCUCAUGAGAAUUUUUAUUUCAUUACCAUAAGCCUUUGCUGAUUUUAUAAGCAUUUUUUAUGACAUUAAUCUUAACCUUGAAAGAAAUGAAAAGCAGAAAAGGUGAGCCAGCUGUUGAUUUGAAUGCAGUGGAUGUUAGGAAUGGUAGAAAAGAUGGUUAGAUAGAAAUUGAACUAAUUUAGCACUUAAGCAAAAAUUAGGUGAGCUUUUUAAAACAAAAAAAUCUUAGUAUGGUGGUACUUAGAAUUCUGUGGUUUGGUGUUCCGUAAGUGAGUAUAGUUUUUUUAAUUGAUAAAAAUUGUUUUAAUACGAAAGCUGGUUAUUUUUUUAUUGAUCAUUUAUUAGCAUUUUAAAAUGUUCUUAAUAUCUUGAUAGUUAAUGCAUAAAAAUGAGUUAAUGAGUUUGGGUAGGAGUUACAGUACCUUCAGAAAGCAAGAGAAUAUUAAAAGGUUUUAACAUUUCAUUUGCUUGAAUAUUCUGCCAACAGAACCAGUUAUACAUAAAAGUUAAGCUGUUUAAAAUAAUGACGUUGAGUUUAGUAAGCAAUGAGGAUGUCUUAUUUUUGUUUCCUGCAAUUUUGCCUCAUUUUAAAAUGCAUUUCAGUAAUACUUAAGGAUAAACUUUAUAAUCUUUGAUUAGUCACUUGGCUUUUCUUACACAAUAUGAAGUUUUGAGGGACUUUUAAGUUGGUUCUUGAAACAGGCAAGUGCAUCCCAAGGUUUUAUUUUCUUCAGUAAUAUCCCUAAAGCAGCCUUUAAAUGUAUUUGCGAAUAUAUAUAUUUUUUUCUUAUGCAUGCUUGAUGCAUUUUCGUCCUGAGAAAAGUGUUCUCUACAGAAACUACCCGUGUGUAAAAAGAAGAUUGGCUUAAAAUGGCUACUGUGAUGGGAACAGUGUCUUAGGGAGAUGCAGCUUGGACUUGAGGUAAAUUGAAUACUUUACGAAACGUGGUUAGAGUUUGCUUUUAUGACAUUGUAAACGGGCACGUGAUUGCUGUAUUGUGUAUUCAUUAUGGUCUUCUUAAUAAAGUAAAUAAAUGUACGUUAAUGAAUAUUAUAA